AUGGAGUCCAGAAAUUUGAGAAUGAAGAUCGCCUGGAGAAAACUUGCAGUUGCAGGCGUGUUAGGAUUCUGCGGGGGUAAAGCUUCCGGGGAGCUAAGGCGCCAUCCGGACGUCGUAAUACCCAUACUUCAAGUCUCAGCUACCUCUGGAGUGGUAGGGGGUGUGGUAGGAUGGGGUGUGUCGAUGUAUCGAAGAGCUCCACUGUAUGCCCUCUCUCUGUCAUUGACUGCUAACUUCGCCAUUGCAUCUGGAACCUUCCUAGGCAUAAGAAGAGUAGUAUAUUCAUUUGCCGAAGAAAGUUCCACCAGUCUAUCUACACCACCAUUCAAUGACUGGUCAGGUUACAUCAGCAGCUUUACCAGUGGAGGAAUAACUGGUGCCCUAGCUUCUCUCCUCUCUCGGUUUGGUCUCCGUUCCAUUCUGAUGACAUCAUUGGGUGGAAUGGGAAUGGGACUGUGUGCACAGGCAGGCUACGAUUGGAUUCAAGAGUGGCGGAGGAGAAAGGCUAUUCAGAUAUACCGCGAAGAUAUCCAGGGAAAGAAGACUAGUCUGUUUGAAAACUGGACACUUGUGAGUCAGUCCCAAUUUUUUAAUGAGGACACCCAUUAAUGGAUGGGACGCCAGUAUUAGUACGCAUGUAUACACUGAACUUGUAUGCAUAGAACGGGUGUAAUGGCAGAGCCUUUUCACUUAUAUCAAGGAAAAUUUCGAGACUCGUUUCCUUGGCUUCUGGCACCGGAGGGCAGAGUCCGUCGCCGUGGAGACAGAGAUGCUAAGUCUGGAGUCGGCAGUGGCUAAAGAGAAGAGAAAGUUGGAAAACUUGGACCGUCUGCUGAUGGAGAAAGGACUUACUGCAGCCGACAUUUUAGAACUGGAACAAACUAGAGACAUUGCGGCUGAAAGUGGUGGUGGAAGCAGUGAUGUAGAUGUUGGCAAAUCUUCAGUUGUGUCGCUGUAAGAAGAAAUUAGCGCAGACUUUGUGUGUGCAGGGGCAUCGGUGCACAGUACGAUAAUAUGCGUCUUCACCGGCAUUCCAGUAGCACAAAAUACUUCAGUCAGUGUGAUUGAAAGCUGGAUAGUCAGAAAACUUCUUUUUCUUAAUUCUUUCCUGAAGCCAUGGUCCGUACUGAUUUGGCAGGUCUGUGCUGCACAGUGCAAUUGCCUCCUCGCUAAUGGGAGCUCCGUACCGAGUGAUAUCAGCAUAGUAGCCAGGCUCUGCAAAGAAAGGAACAGAGAAACGCUCCAUGCCGUAGUCGACGACUCGAUGU